AUGGCGGCGCCUUUCCCCAACCUGUACACACACCGAAAGGUUGCCGAGUCUGCCGCCAAAGCCUGCGACAUUUGCUACAAGCCCAGCUCAUCUGUGCUCAUCACGCCUGACAAAAAGGACUUCUUCUACGUCUGCCCUGUCCACCUGAAGGAUCGGAACUUUGCCACUCCCAAGAUUGAUGAGGAUGCCAUCAAGGCCAAGCGGGAGAAGGAAUUGGCGGAGGAGAAGGACAAGCUGAUGAAGGAGUACCAAGAGAAGCAGCGCAAGAAGAAGGAAAAGGAGAAAGAGAAGGACAAGGACAAGGACAAGAAGGAUGGAGACAAGGAUGGAGACAAGGAUGGAGACAAGGACAAAGACAAAGACAAAGACAAAGACAAAGACAAAGACAAAGAAAAGAAGGAGAGCAAGGAUGAGACUGAAGCAACUCCGAAAGAGGAAGACGAGCCGCGCGUGUUUGAACUCAAGAGUGCCUUCUAUCAACAGCGUCUGCAGCGUAAACGCCAAGCCGAAGCCGCCAAAAGGGACCGCGAGAGAGCAUCUCAGCCCAACUAUUUCCCGUCCGUGCCAACAGAGCCACCGAGAAAGUAA